AUGUCGCGUGAUCAUAAGCGUUCCAUUCGUGUGGAGGAUGCUGUUGUCGACCCGAGAUUAACCCGAACAGUUGUGCCGUUAAGUUGGUUGGAGCAAUUGCGAAGUCCGUCUGUGCGAUUGCAAACGGGUUAUCACACAGAAGAGGCUGUAUAUGUGCCGCCUGGCUACUCAACUGUGUCUAGUGGAAGUAGUGGUAAUAAUAAUAGUGGGAAUAGAAUGAGUGAAAGGACGGCAGAGACUCCAAAUGCGAUUCUUGCAGGGCCUGUCGUACUGUAUAUCACUGGGCAGAACAUUCCAGUGGUGUUGAACCCAUACUUCGUUCCAGAAGAUAUUUGGGGACUUAAAGGAAAAGACGAUGAAUUUGAUCUGCGCCUUGGUAUGGAUGCUAUUGAGCAGUGUACGCUAUUUAAUGAGAUUCGUCCGGGUGGUUUACUCUACAGUAAAUUACCAGAGAACCAAAAUGUUAAACCGCAUGAAUCACUCCACACAACAUUAGAGCGGUAUGGUAUGAAGUGUGGACUCGCCGAGUCUCCUUUGGUUCCACGGCCGUGGACAAGAAUGAAGUACAUGUUUAUUGAUGAGUUGCAGCGGGGACCCAAAAUGACAGAGUUUGUUGGGCACAACCCACGCAAUGGAACUCAGUGGCGAUUUUCACAACAUAAUAAAUACUUCCGCACGGGUAUAUGGAGAGAAACUAUUCGUCGCAAUGAGAUGAACGAAGGCCUCCACACACAUAGCAGUUGGCAGAAAUCUCCGCAACAGUCUGUACCUGAGGUUCGUUUCAUGGCUCCUUACCCAUAG